AGGGAUGCUGGGGUCCCGCGAGCCAAGGUCGGGUUUCCACGGCUGGGGGCUAGGCAGCGGCUCCUGGGCGCCCCCUGGCGGCCCCGACUCAGCCGCCGCGGCUCCCACAAUGCUCGCGUAGCCAGGCUUCGGCUCCGGUGGCGGCGACGGCGGCGACUCCAAGAUGGCGCAGGCGAUCUUUGAGGCCCUGGAGGGAAUGGACAAUCAGACCGUUCUGGCUGUCCAGUCAUUAUUGGAUGGCCAAGGAGCAGUCCCUGAUCCGACAGGCCAGAGUGUCAACGCGCCACCUGCUAUCCAGCCAUUGGAUGAUGAGGAUGUCUUUCUCUGCGGGAAGUGUAAGAAGCAAUUCAACUCGCUGCCAGCGUUUAUGACCCACAAGCGGGAACAGUGCCAGGGGAAUGCCCCCGCCCUGGCAACAGUCUCCCUGGCCACCAACAGCAUCUACACACCUUCAGCAGCACCCACAGCAGUCCAGCAGGCCCCCCCUCCUGCCAAUCGCCAGAUCUCCACAUACAUCACAGUGCCCCCGUCUCCACUGAUCCAGACCCUGGUGCAGGGGAACAUCUUGGUGAGCGAUGAUGUGCUCAUGUCUGCCAUGUCAGCCUUCACAUCCCUGGACCAGCCCAUGCCCCAGGGCCCCCCACCUGUGCAGAGCAGCCUGAACAUGCAUUCCGUGCCCAGCUACCUCACUCAGCCUCCACCCCCUCCUCCACCUCCUCCACCACUGCCCCCACCGCCACCACCUCAGCCCCCGCCACCUCCACCCCAGAGCCUGGGCCCCCCCGGGCGUCCCAACCCUGGUGGGAACGGUGUGGUGGAGGUGUACAGUGCUGCUGCGCCCCUGGCUGGGAGUGGAACGGUGGAGAUCCAGGCGCUGGGGAUGCAGCCCUACCCACCCCUGGAGGUGCCAAACCAGUGCGUGGAGGCUCCAGUGUACCCCACCCCCGCAGUGUACAGCCCUGGCAAACAGGGAUUCAAACCCAAAGGACCAAACCCCGCUGCCCCCAUGACCACCGCCACCAGGGGCACGGUGGCCACCCUUGACUCUCCAUCAACGCUGAAGACCCGACGGGCUAAAGGUGCCAGGGGACUCCCGGAAGCUGCAGGGAAGCCAAAGGCUCAGAAACUCAAGUGCUCAUACUGUGACAAGUCAUUCACCAAAAACUUUGACCUGCAGCAGCACAUCCGAAGCCACACCGGUGAGAAGCCCUUCCAGUGCAUUGCGUGUGGCCGUGCCUUUGCCCAGAAGUCUAAUGUUAAGAAACACAUGCAGACCCACAAGGUGUGGCCUCCGGGACACAGUGGUGGCACCGUGUCUCGAAACUCUGUGACUGUACAGGUCAUGGCCCUGAACCCCAGCAGGCAGGAGGACGAGGAAAACACAGGGUUGGGCCAGCCCCUGCCGGGUGCACCACAGCCCCAGGCCUUGCCCAUAGCCGGUGAGGAAGAGGGGGACAAGCCGGAGCCCAAGCAGGUGGUCCUCAUCGACAGCUCCUACCUGUGCCAAUUCUGCCCCAGCAAAUUCAGCACCUACUUCCAGCUCAAGUCUCACAUGACCCAGCAUAAGAAUGAGCAGGUGUACAAGUGUGUGGUCAAAAGCUGUGCCCAGACGUUCCCAAAGCUCGACACAUUUCUGGAGCACAUCAAGAGCCACCAGGAGGAGCUGAGCUACCGCUGCCACCUCUGUGGCAAGGACUUCCCCUCGCUGUACGACCUGGGUGUGCACCAGUACUCCCACAGCCUCCUGCCACAGCACAGCCCCAAGAAGGACAGCGCCGUCUACAAGUAUGUGCCCUCCUGCUUCCCUCUCCCUGGGUGGAUGGCUGGGUGGGUAGGGAGCCCAGAGCCUGUGGCCUUGGUGGUUCUGACUUCUCAGGACCAGAAUAGCCCUGUCUUGUCCCUGGCAAAACAAAGCCACCGAAGAAUGAGAGAGGCUGUUUUCUCCCCUGGCUACCUCCCUAGAGGAGCUGCUCCCCUGAGGGGCCCAGCGGGGACCCUUGUGCCCUGGAUUCCGACUCCUGGCGAGUGCUGGCUCUCCCUGUCUGUGUCUGCUGCAGGCGAGAAGCCCUACAAAUGCUCAGUGUGCGAGUCUGCGUUCAACCGCAAGGACAAACUGAAGAGACACAUGUUGAUCCACGAGCCCUUCAAGAAAUACAAAUGCCCUUUCUCGACACACACAGGCUGCAGUAAGGAGUUCAACCGGCCAGACAAGCUGAAGGCCCACAUCCUCUCCCACUCUGGCAUGAAGCUCCACAAAUGUGCCCUGUGCAGCAAGUCCUUCAGCCGCCGCGCCCACCUCGCCGAGCACCAGCGCGCCCACACGGGCAACUACAAGUUCCGCUGUGCUGGCUGCGCCAAGGGCUUUUCCCGCCACAAAUACCUCAAAGAUCACCGCUGUCGUCUCGGCCCCCAAAAGGACAAGGACCUGCAAACCCGGCGGCCCCCCCAGAGGAGGGCAGCCCCCCGCAGUGGCGGCAGUGGUGGGCGCAAGGUGGUGACCCCCUUGCCUGACCCACUGGGGCUGGAGGAGCUGAAGGACGCAGGGGCUGGGCUGGUGCCCGAGGCUGUCCCUGGCAAGCCGCCCUUCGCAGAGGCAGACGCGGUGCUGUCCAUCGUUGUGGGUGGUGCGGUGGGCGCGGAACCUGAGCUGGUGGUACCUGGACACGCUGAGGGGCUGGGCUCCAACCUGGCUCUGGCGGAGCUGCAGGCCGGGGCCGAGGGCCCAUGUGCCAUGCUCGCUGUGCCUGUCUACAUCCAGGCCUCGGAGUGACGAACCUGAGGUGUGUUUCCUGGGCAGGCCUGAUGCUCCUGUCUGGGUCCAGGGCCCUGGGGGCAGACUGCUGAUCCUUACCAGUGGAAGCGAGCCAUUGAGCCAUUGGCAGAAAUCCUUCUGAAUGUCAUUCAGAAACUUUGGCCCAUGGUCGCCCUCCUGUGUCCCCUCUCCUGCUGGAAAGCCCUGCAACAUUCUAGGAUCAGGGGUAGGGCUGCCUACGGUUUCUGGGCAGAGCCACAGCGGCAGGAGAGAAAUGGCUGAAACCUGAGCAGCCCAGAGUCCCGCUAGUCUAGGCUGGUGGUUGGGGCCCCUGGGAGAGAAGACAGGGCGUUCCUCCCCACUCUGCCUCCAGGCUGCCUCUGGGUGGCCUCUAGUCCGCUGUUCUUCAGGAGGCCUGCCAUAAACUCUUCGGAGUUUAUGUGUUGGACCUUUUCACAGACGGUUCCCCACAGUGUCCUCAGACAGCUCUGUGAUGUAGCUUUUAGGAGGCACUCAGGUGUGACGGUUAGACUGCAGCUAUGAGACAGAUCUGGCUUCAAAUCCAAGAGUUGCCAUGCAUUUGCUGUGUGACCUUGGGCAAGUCACUUCACCUCUCUGAGCCCCAUGUUCCUCAUCUGUACAAUGGGGCUUACUGAUACUACUACCUCAUAGGGUUGUCCUGGGGAUCCAGUGCGAUGAGGUGCGCCAGGGGCUCGGCAUGGUGCCCGGCACGCAGAAAGUGCUCAAUAAAUGUUUUUGUUAUAA